AUGGCACAAAUCGGGAUGGUAUCGACGGGGACACACCCAAACCACCCAACCCCUGCUGAGCUGGAGAAGGGAGACAAUGUGCUUUUUGAGGAGGCCAAUGGAAGCGACCGAUCUACAGACGGCGAGUUUACCUGGACAGCUGAGGAAGAGAAGAAGGUUCGACGUAAACUGGACCGCGUGAUUGUGCCACUCACGACCUUUCUUUACCUGCUCUGUUUCCUCGAUCGUGUUAAUGUUGGAAACGCGCGUAUCCAGGGUAUGGGAGAGGAAUUGGGUCUCAACACAGGUGUCCGUUUCAACUGGGUUACCUCGAUCUUCUACAUUGUCUACAUGUUCGUCGAAGUACCGAGCAACAUCCUUCUCAAGAGACUUGGCCCGAAAUACUACUUGCCACUUCUCGUCUGUGGCUUUGGUUUGGUCUCACUAUGCAGCGCCUUUGUGAGCAGCUUCGCAGGUCUGUUGGUUGCAAGGGCCUUCUUAGGUGUGUUUGAAGGUGGUGUGAUGCCGGGAUUGGCAUUCUUCAUCACAUGUUUCUACAAGCGCAACGAACUUUUGUUCCGCAUUGGUAUCUACGUAUCCGCGGCCUCAAUGGCUGGAGCUUUUGGUGGACUGCUCGCUACUGCUCUCGCUCGUAUUCCACCAUGGGGAGCUUCGACUAUGAUUCUCCAUACCUGGCGUAACAUUUUCUUCUUUGAGGGACUUUUUACCGUCAUUGUCGGCCUUGCUGCUCCCUUUCUUAUGCCCCGUAGCCCAGAAGAAUGCUGGUUCUUGAACGAGCGCGAACGAAUGAUUGCCACACAGAGACUGGUGCUGAAAGGAGGAGCUGAUGAGAACGAAAAGACUGAAGUACACCACGUCAAGCGGGCCGUGAUGAACAUCACAAACUACUUCUGUGCCUUUGGUUUCUUCUUCAUCAACAUCACUGUACAGGGUAUCUCACUGUUCAUGCCCACUAUCCUCAGGGAUCUCGGAUGGACGGCCACCAAGGCACAACUCUACUCAGUACCACCCUAUGUAUGUGCUUGCUUGAUCGCUAUCGCAAUAGCUUUCGCAUCAGACAAGACGAACCGCCGUGGUGUCUACCUCGCUGUCUUCACGCUCCCCGCUAUUGCGGGCUUCUCGAUCAUGCGAUGGGCGACCGACCCUAACGUCCGAUACGGCGGUAUCUUCUUGAUCACCAUUGGUGCAUUUCCCGGAGGUCCUGGUUUCCUUGCGUGGGCGGCGAACAAUGCGGCCGGCCCUGCUAUCCGCUCCGUCUCGACUGCUUACGUUGUCACGCUGGGUACCGCUGGAGGUAUUCUCGCGACUUGGACCUACACAAGUGCUGACGCGCCACGAUACCCAAUCGGCCACACCAUCAACUUGGUUGGUCAGUGUUGCGUCUGUAUUCUCGCCAUAUUCGGUAUCUGCUACUGCAAGUGGGAGAACAAGCAGCGUGAUAUGGGCAAGCGAGACCACCGCUUGGUCGGCAAGACCGCUGCUCAGAUCAAGGAUCUCGGAUACAGACACCCUGAGUUCCGCUACAUGCACUAG